AAUGCGACAAAAAAUAUUGUAAUCGAAGAACGUGGUUUCACAAACAUUCAGCAAAAUCAUAUAAAUAGAUAAUAUAACGCUUUUGUCAGCUUACUCAUCAGUUUUCGCUGAAAACGAGAACGCAAAGUAAAAAUGGAGUUCAAAAUAAUACUGUUUUGCCUAACGGCCAGCACUUUCGGGAGUAACAUAAGCCCAUGGGAAAGUCACGAUGGCAAUAAAGAUGAUGGGUGGUUUUUAGAUGCUGACAAAGAUACUAUUGAGGUCAGACCAAUUAGUGUUUGUAAUACUCCCGACUGCAUACUUCUCGCUAAGGACCUUUCGGGCGCAAUGAAUACAUCAGCAGAUCCAUGUGAGAAUUUCUAUGAGUACACAUGCGGAUUAUUUAAUAAAGUUCAUCCUAUUCCCCCUUCCGCUGGUACGUUUAGUAGACUUUUGUUGUUCCAACAAUUGGUUUAUGAUCGUUUGAAAGGAAUUUUGGAAACACCUGCUGUGCCGGACGAUAUUUUGCCACUGAGACAGGCCAAGAAAUGGUAUCAGUCUUGUAUGGAUACAGAGACACUCGAAAAACGAGGCUUGGAUCCGAUAGAAUCUGUUUUGAUGCAAGUUGGAGGCUGGCCGAUGACUAUUGACGCCGAAGAAUGGGACGAAACUGAGCAUCCUUGGCAGCGAAUUGAGCAACACUAUUUUCAAAUCACUGGCUCUUAUGUAUUUUACAAAUUUAUGCCUGACUGGUCGAACACUACCGUGGUUAAAGUGGACAAAGGCGAUCUUCCACUCCUCAAGAAGCUUCCGUUUGACUUCAAAAAUUAUGAAGGAGAAGAAUAUGAAAAUUACAAGGAAUUCAUUUCAGCCGUAGCUCUACUUUUUGUUGCACACAACAGCGCAAAUAUUACUCUCGAAGAUGUUAACAAGGAUGUCGCGGAUAUGAUUGAGUUCGAAAAACUAUUGAAUUUGCUUUCAGACAGCGACAGCGAGGAUGCCGAGAUUGUCAAGACUAUGGAUGAGUUUCAAGAGUGGUACGACCAAAAUACAGUCGAUCAAGGCAACAAAGUCAGGGUGAAAAAAUUAGUCAGAAGAUUAUUGGAAACAGUAAAUCAUGACCCAGAAAAUGUCAAGUACUUAUCAGUAGCCAGUAUGGAGUAUUUUGUUAAAUUGCAGCAAAUAAUGAACUUCACUUCUAAGCGAACUAUAAUAAAUUACAUCCACUGGCAUUUUAUAAGUGAGAUGCUUGCGUCAACGACCGAAGAAAUGCGGGAUGUAUUUUUUGUGUUAAUGAACAAAUCGUUUGGAAUCUCGGAAAGAGAGCCGCGCUCAGUCGAGUGUGCAAAAGAAAUAAAAAUGUUCAAAGCCACUGGAUACGCAUUCGCUCAAAAAUAUUUUUCCAAAGACACCGAUACUAAUGUUAGAAGUAUGGUCGACAACGUAGGCGAGGAAAUGAAAAUACAGAUACAAAGAUCAGAUUGGCUGGAUGAUGAUACUAAAAAAAUAGUUACCGACAAAAUAGACGAUAUGGGACUAUUUGUAGGCACUCCUGAAUGGUACAAAAACAGAACAUACGUUCUAAAUUCAUACAAAGGGCUUGUUAUCAGCAACAAUCACUUCGAUAAUGUACUCAGCUAUAAAAAAUAUGAAAUGAGAGAAAACUUACGCCAGGCAUUGGCCGGCAUAUCACCCGAUGCAGCUGAAGCGGAAGUAAACAUACUCGAAGUUAAUGCUUACUAUGAUCCGUACGCCAAUACUAUAGUUAUACCUGCUGCCGAUUUGCAGCCCCCAUUUUUCACUUCGAGUCUUCCCAGUAACGUUAACUACGGAAUGAUUGGAGCAGUGAUCGGGCACGAAUUAGGACACGCCUAUGACGUUAACGGGUUGAAAAUAGGUCUACAACAACAAAAGCUCGAACUUCCUAAGGAGAUAAUGGACUUGUAUAAUCAACGCGCGGAAUGUUUCCUCGAUCAAUUUAAAGAAUACUUCACGCAGACGAGUUCUGAUGACGAUGAUGAUUCCGAAGAUACAGGAAAGAAACUGAGUCGAAAGACUCAAGGAGAAAAUAUGGCGGAUACGACAGGGCUGAACGCAGUUUUCGAUGCCUGGAAGAGAAUGAUAGCAACGAAAGGUUCUGAAAGCAGACUACCUGGUUUUGAAAAGUAUUCCGACGAGCAAAUGUUCUUCAUUGGAUUUGGAUCUUUGUGGUGCACAGUAUCUACGCCAGAGUAUGCGAAAGCACAAAAGGCACAAGAUGAACACAGUCCCGCGGAUUUAAGAGUACUCGGCGCAAUUUCAAAUAGCGAGGAAUUUGCUCGUGCUUUCAGUUGCCCGAAAGGAACUACGAUGAACCCCGAAAAGAAAUGUAACCUUUGGUAAACUAUUGAGACACACACUGAACCCAAAAAAGCCGAUCCAAGACCCAGGUACAAGAAACAUCAUCCCUGGGUUCUUUAUUGGUAUUUAUUCCAUUUACAAAUACAAUAUAUGUUGAACUAUGAUUUUUGAAUAUAUAUGUAUCCAUAUAUUUGAAUAAAAUAAUUAUAUUUCUUCAA